AUGUUCCCCAACCGUCGUGUGCCGCCUCCGAGAUAUUGCCCCGGCAUAUACCCACAAUCGACAUUGCCGACCCCCAUACGCCACCCCUACCAGCCUCUUUAUGUUAUACCAAUUUCUGCUGCAACUACUCCCGUCGAACCAAUUAUCGUGGAUUUGUCUAGUGGUACCGCUAAUAGCUCCCGACCGGCCCAAGUUGCUAUUCCCAAUAUAGCCCCUAAAAUCGAGAAUCAAGCCUCAAAUUCUUCGGAGCCAGCUAGAGGAAGAAAGCCACUCCUGCCAGUGGACGAUCGGGAAAUGAAACGACGGUGGUCCUACAUGCAGCUGAGUACUGUCCUCCACCUACCUCUCCUUCCUCCCCUACAGGUCAAAAAACAGAACAUGGAACGCCGAAGACGAGCAUGCAUCUCCGAUAAAUUAUCUGCCCUCCACAGUCUCGCGGUCUCUCUCGUUGGUGAAAAACCGCAUCAGCAGACCCAGCAAAGGACCGAGAUAACAGAUAUUUUGAACCAGUGCGUCAACGUACUACAAGGCCUCUCCGACUUUGUGAAAAGCGAGCCGGAGCUGCAGGCUAAGAUGCAUCGCUUAGGAGUUCCUCUGAAAGAGCCAGACCAGCACUCGAAGGCGGCUUCUACCUCGAAGGUGGCCAAAGAUGAGGACGAUCAAGAGAAUGUACCGGCACGUUCCUCGGCAUUCACGCCUGUUGGGUCCCACCGAAUGUCCACGUCAACUCCUCUGGCACCUCGCCCAGUCCUCCUGACCGAGGACUUGCCAACGUUUCGUCAGAAAAGAGAAAGCACUGACAGCGGCUACUGUUGGCUGACUUCUCCACCAGAGCACACACCUUCUUCUUCUUCUUUGAAUACUGAAGAAAAUCGAUCUCACAAACGACCCCGACAAUCAUCUCCAACCCUUCUCUGGCGGCCCUACCUAGAUUAA